CGUGUCUGUUUCCGCGUGUCCGAUCCGCGGUGGGUCGGCGUCAGAGCGGCCGCGGUUUCAGUCACAGUGCGGAAAACCAGCAGCGAUAUCCAGCGCGUUUUAAGGAGUGAAAUGAGUCUGUAGGGUCGGAUUUAUGCAGGAUGAGAGAUAUGAUGAGUGCGGAUGAGUUAUUUACACACACAUGGACGUUUCAUUUAGGUCAUAAUCUGAACGAGAAUUCGCGUAGGAGGAGAAAAUCCGGCUUUGCUAUGGAAAUUAACAUACAACGACGUUAACUUGGGCUGUCAAAACGAUACUGUAACCAACGCCUUUUGGACCGGCACCGGCAGAAAUCGGGAUCAUGGGACAGAGAAAGAGGGCGAGACUGAAAGGCACCCUGGCCAGCGGGACCUCCGACGGGGCUGCUGCUGGUCUGCAUGGCUCCGUUAAGCACAAUGUGUGCAUGGUGUCCGACUUCUUCUACCCGAACAUGGGCGGCGUCGAAAGCCACAUAUACCAGCUUUCGCAGUGUCUGAUCAAGAAGGGGCACAAGGUGGUCAUUGUCACCCACGCGUAUGGGAACCGAAAGGGAAUCCGGUACCUCACCAACGGCCUCAAAGUCUAUUACCUGCCACUGCAGGUGAUGUACAACCAGUCCACGGCUACCACAUGCUUCCACAGCCUACCUCUCCUCCGCUGUGUCUUUGUCCGAGAAAGGAUCACAGUGGUCCACGCACACAGCUCCUUCUCAGCGAUGGCGCACGACUCACUGUUCCACGCCAAGACCAUGGGUCUGACCACAGUGUUCACAGACCACUCGCUGUUCGGCUUUGCCGACGUGAGCUCGGUGCUGACCAACAAGCUGCUGACUGUGUCCCUCUGUGACACCAACCACAUCAUCUGCGUCUCCUUCACCAGCAAGGAGAACACCGUGCUGCGUGCUGCCCUAGACCCCAUGAUUGUCUCCGUCAUUCCCAAUGCCGUGGACCCCUCAGACUUCACCCCAGACCCGUCCAGAAGGGACGACACCAAAAUAACAGUUGUCGUGGUUAGCCGGCUUGUCUACAGGAAGGGAAUAGACCUGCUGGGUGGAAUUAUACCCAACCUGUGCCUAAAAUACCCUGAUCUACAUUUUUUAAUUGGUGGAGAGGGACCCAAACGGCUAGUACUGGAGGAGGUGAGAGAGAAGUACCAGCUUCAUGACAGGGUCCGUCUCCUUGGAGCUCUGGAGCAUAAGGAUGUGAGGAACGUCUUAGUCCAAGGCCACAUCUUCCUUAACACAUCGCUGACGGAGGCCUUCUGCAUGGCCAUCGUAGAGGGCGCUAGCUGUGGACUGCAGGUGGUGAGCACCCGCGUAGGGGGAAUCCCGGAGGUUCUCCCUGAUGACCUCAUCACACUGUGUGAUCCCACUGUGAGCUCGCUGUGCGAGGGCCUGGAGAUGGUGAUUGCCCGGCAGAGGGCAGGCACAGCGCCUCACCCCGCCGCGGUCCACGCCCACGUGCGCACACUCUACACCUGGAUGAAUGUAGCGGAGCGUACCGAGAAGGUCUAUGACCGAAUCGCCACGGAGAGAGUCCUGCCCCUGGACCAGCGCCUCCGCCGGCUGAGGGCACGGUGCGGCCCAGUCGCAGGCUCCAUCUUUGCCUUCGUCGCCGUUCUGGACUUCCUGUUCUUGCUGCUGCUGCAGUGGCUGGUUCCGGACUCGCUCGUCGACGUCGCCAUGGAUGCGUCUGGCCCGAAGGGGCUAUGGGCACAGAACUCAAGCAGGGACAAGAACAUUAGGCCAAAGUACCAGAAGAGUGUGGGGUCCAGUUAGCGCCGUUGUCUGGUUUUGAGCACUAAACCGCUAUGACUGCUAUGCUGCCUGUUAAUACGUAUCAUGUUUUUAAAAACGGUUUUUAAGGGAAAUGGUUUUUUUUAUGGGGCUUGAUCAAAACCUUUUGCAAAAGCAUUGUAGGGAUUUUGUGCAGCUCCUUCAUUAUAAAUGAGCUGUUAUUUAUAGUUUGCAGGAAUUAAAGGGCUUAACCUUAUGCCAGGGUAUCUCCUGUAUGAAACCUCAGUGUUGUGAUUAUUAAUAUACUUUUGGGUCCAAAAAUAGCGGUUUGGAUUUUUCACUUUUGUAUUUUUUCCUUUGUAAUGUAAGAAAGCCUGUGGUAGACAGGAGAAGCUGGACAAACCGCUGUGGCCAAGUUUACGAGACAGGUUGUGUGGAGAAUUACAUCAAGGAUUCACAUCUUAACUUCCAUUUCCUUUAAUAUCAGCCAGAAUGACUGUGAACAUUGUACUGGACCUGGCUGCCUACUAUUAAAAUACUAUUGCACUGCAAAAUUUAAAUAAUAUACAAACCUUUUAACUCAAAAGGCAGUUGUGUGUGACGUGGUUUUUGCAUUUAAAAAUCCCUCUUGCCAAUUCUAAUUGCGGUGAUGGUGCUGUUUCGCUUUAUUUACAGUAAAGAGGUUCAAUAUACUGAUUCAUUGGUUGCAACAGCAGCGGGUAUAAAAAUGGAGGAGAUUUUGUGUGAUUUUAAUUUAAUUUAGUCACGAAGUCCAUGAAGGAUCGUAUGCACUGAUGUUUAUUUUCCAUAUGUAUUUUUCUACUGAGGAAUCUGUUCUGUUUUACAUUGUAUUUCAUUACAAAACGGUUUACAUUACAGCCCUGUAGAAUGUCUACGAUUUUUGUUAAAUGAUCCCACUCCGACUGUAAGCUGUGUAGAGAACAAUGUUACAAUUCGUAUGCACUGUGACUGAAGCCUCAUCGCCCCCUAGCGGUCACGGGUCCCUCACCAGUUUUGAACCAUUCACGGUACAGCCUUCUGACAUACCUGCAUUACUUAUGAGGCGCCUAAACCACAAGGAAAGGGUUCGUUUAAUAGAGGGAUUAUUUCUGAAAUGUUAAACAUGGCGUGUGUUUCUAAAAAAAAAAAAAACAUGGAAUAUCUAUGUGUUGAUUUCACGAAAGCAAUUUUCCGAAAAGAUAAUGGUCAAAAACUAAGCUAUCGUUGCUGCCAUUGCGUAAUCAUAAUCUUUCAUUUCUUUGCAUCGUGUUUCAGCCAUUUUCUUUUGUACUUAUUUUCAUAUAAAUUCCUGAUUCAUUUGUACUGUUUGCACUUAUAAAUUAAUUUUUCUUAUGUGUUUGAUGCCACCCUCCCAUUUCAACCUGUACUGUUUACAGUAGAAAAAGUUAAACUCUGAACGUAUGUGGAUCGUAGUUAUAUGAUCUGAUAUUGUUUAUUAAAGUCUGUUAGGUGAAGCUGUUAAGCAGGUGGUUGUGAUAUGAAAGCAACAAUUAUUGAUACUUGUACAAAAAUAUUUUUAAAAAAUUAAAGUGUGUCCUCUGCUGGUA